UGGAGUCACAGGCGUUCCGACACUCCGGGCUGACAUUAACAAAAACAGCGCACACUAACGUCAACGACCGCAGGCCAGACUCUCCGGCUGACAGAGACACGAUGCGGCACAGACGCUGGACUUUACUGGGCUUCCUCGCCCUGCUUACCAUGCCUUCAGUUACUGAUGCUGUGACGGUGCAGCUUGGACAAAGCGCCACCGUCUCUUGUCAUGUGAACUGUUCUACAGUCACCUGGUGGAGUAAAGGCAUAGAGGUUUUUCAGAUUUUUCAGAUUUUUGAGUUUUCUGAAGGGAAAUGCACUGUAGCUCCAGAGUUUAGGGACAGGAUUGAAUGUUCUGAAGAGAAGAUCAGAGGAGGAGACGUGUCCCUCACUAUAACGUCUGCUGUGUACAAUGACCGAGGCUGGUACUACUGCUCUUGUGAUGGAAAGGACCAGUGUGAUAGGAGGAUUGACAUUCUAGUCCCUACCUCAUUAAGCACCUCUGCUGGAAGUAAGGUUACGCUCCCUUGCUACGCUGAAAUGGACAAACGGACGGCGGACUCAUCUGCCUUUGUGCUGUGGGAAAAAGACAAACAGCAGGUGCUACAGCUCGAGAAUGGAAAGAUGUCGUAUGGCUCUGGAUUUGAGCAGAGGGCCACAGUGUCAACAGAAAACUACAGAAAGGGUGACCUCUCUCUGACCAUCGAUCAUGUCAGAUUCUCUGAUUCUGGCUUAUACAGAUGCUCCCUUAAGGACGGAGGACACGGAUACCCAAACACAAUCUCUCUGGCUGUUGAAGCUCGUCAGUAUGUUUAUUAUAAAAAGGUAGGUGACUCUGUCCUGCUGGAUCUUGUGGUCCUGCCACCGGUGGUGGUGUAUUUUAAAGAAGGUGAAGCCACUGCAGACACCUGGAUGUGCACCAGGCCGAAAGACGGUGUUCAUUGUAAGCCAGACUACGAGAAGAGAGCUUCUAUCAUGAAUAACUCUCUGAUGCUGAGUAAACUGACAGUGGCUGACAGUGGAAUAUACACUGUGAUGGAUGUCAAAUCUGAUGAAGUCGUUGCCAUUCACAAGCUUGCAGUCGCUGGUUUGCCGUCACACAAUAUUCCAGUGAUCACUGCCUCAGUAGCAUGUGUUGUUUUUGUGGUACUUCUCGGUGCUCUUCUGUGGUCCUGCCAUCAAAAGCAGCGAAAGACAGAGAAAAAGAAAGACCUGACCGAACCUGAAGACGAACGUGUACAGCUCUCCAUUCAGCAAACUGAAAGUGACAUUAGAUUUCCAUUACCCAUAUGGUCUGAGACAGAACUACUCAACAGCUUUUUAGCAUCUGAGCUAAAAUACAACUCCUCUCUCACCCAGGACAUACAACAAGCUAUCCAGUUAGCCAGUUGUCCUUUAGCUUCCAAGAUAUCCAUCCAAGAUGCCCAAAGCUAAAGCAGCAGCCGUAUUUGUUUUGACCUUUCAUCUAUAGUACAGGCUGUACUACACAUGAGACCGUACUGUACUGUACUGCAAUGGCUUCCAAUAAAAGUGAAGAUUAUAUCUUUUCUCUGCUCCGUUAGCCAAGACAUGUUUGCUGUCUCCUUUAGUUUUGCUGUGGUACUACAAGGCUAAGACAGCUAAAGCAUAACAGGCCUCAGUUACAACACCUUUCAGUUAGCAUCAUAAACUGAAUGUUGAAACCAUCACACACUUCUCAAUCUGUGUCCAGUUGUUCAGUAAUGUAAAAUAGUCUUGUUUUGUACAGUAUGGUUAAUGUAAAAAUGGAGAAAAAAACAAUACUGUUUAGCUAAAGACUGUAGCAGCAGCCUAAAUCUUAGCCUACAUUUGUUAGCAAGCAGCAUUAGAGCUUAGCAUAGCAGCUCUGGCAAGUAAACAGAAAAUGUUUUUCUUUUAUUGAGUUAAAAGUUUUAGUUAAAAGGUUUAUUUUCCCAUAAAGCUAUUUCUUCUAUUUUGUAGCAUCAACAUCUUUAAUACACUGUUUCAGUUUAAUCGGUGAGGGAUUUCUUUGAAAGGUCAGCUGCUAGCUUGCAUGCUAGUUUGCAAUAAGCUAAUUUAUUUAUUAUGUCUCGCUACUCUUCAUAACCACAUGGAGGCUCUGUGGGCAGGUUCAUGCCAAGUGAAGGAUGAAAGAGUUUAGUUUCUGUCAACCUUUUUUCUUAGUAGCUACAUCCAGAUGCUCACCCCAGGAUUGAAUUUGAAUCAUUUUGGGCUUAACUGUUGAGCCAGGCAGAUGAAACAAAUGGAAUACUUGGACAUUUUUGCAGUGAAAGAGCCUCAAGUACAUGUUUUUGGAUGUGUGAAUCUAAAGUAACUGUAUGUAGUGUUUUUCAACCUUAUCUCUGUGGGGCACAUCUGCAGCAUACGGUCGGUUAACAUAGAGAAUAAUAGAGUAGAACAGAGACAAAGAGUCAAUGGGCACCUGCCGUUCUGCUGUUGCUAUUCUGAAAACCCUGUAAGAACACAUGUUGCUGUCAUCAGUGUCCUGAGUAGGCCUAUUGGUUAAAGGCAUCUGCAAAGGACAUAACCUUCAGAGACUGUUAUAGAGAAUGUUUUAGAUUGAUUUUUAUAUUCACUGUGUAUUGUUUUGUCUUUUAUUGUACAUUUUAACAGUAACUUUAAUGAUCUUAUUUAAGCGCAUGGCAGUGCAGUACUGCUGUUUUUCUCGAAGGCCAUUCUGUAAUGCUGCGAGUGAAUGUGAAGAAUGUAAGAGCAUUUUCAAAAUAUAUAAAUAUAGAUUUUCAAGCUCAAAAUUUCAUGAAUAGCACUACCAUCCAUGAAAAUAUGAAUGUUUUAUUUUUUAUCUCUUUGUUCUAUC